AACGCAGCGGCUGGCAUUGGGGGGGGGGGGGGGGUCCUGUAGACGAGCGGGAGUCUCGGAGACCAGGAGGACCAGGCGGCGGAGGAGAUGCUGCUCUUCGUGGAGCAGGUAACAUCUAAAGGUGCUGGUUUAAAUCCUAAUGCCAAAGUGUGGCAGGAAGUUCCUCAAGGAAGCACUGAUGCUCCUUCAUCUACCCAUGGAACUGAAAGUUCUUGGCAAGAAGCAGCAGCUACUUCAGGGCCUAAUCCUGAUGGUACUUUGGAGAUUCCAGAUGACAGCUGUAAAGAAUAUGAUGUAAUGUAUUCAUCUUGUGAAGCUUCACAAAGUAACGCAGGUGUUGAAGAAGUACCUACAGAUGGAAUGGUUUUGUCACCGGAAGAUCUGAAUUACCAAAUUUAUGAUAUAUCUGGUGAAGGCAGUUGUACAGUUUCUGUUGAAGAUUUAAAGGAAUGUCUAAAGAAACAGUUAGAAUUCUGUUUUUCAAGAGAGAAUCUAUCUAAGGAUCUCUAUUUGAUGUCUCAAAUGGAUAGUGACCAGUUUAUCCCGAUUUGGACAGUUGCCAACAUGGAAGAAAUCAAAAAGUUGACCACAGACCUGGAUCUUAUUCUUGAAGUACUGAGAUCCUCUCCUAUGGUUCAAGUUGAUGAGAAGGGAGAGAAAGUGAGACCAAAUCAUAAACGAUGUAUCAUCAUCCUUCGAGAAAUCCCUGAAACUACACCAAUAGAGGAAGUUAAGGCACUCUUCAAAAAUGAAAAUUGUCCCAAAGUGAUAAGCUGUGAAUUUGCUCACAAUAGCAGCUGGUAUGUUACAUUCCAGUCUGACACAGAUGCACAGCAGGCUUUUAGAUAUUUGAGGGAAGAAGUUAAAACAUUUCAGGGCAAGCCAAUCAUGGCAAGGAUAAAAGCCAUCAAUACAUUUUUUGCUAAAAAUGGUUACCGCAUAAUGGAUUCCACUGUAUAUACUCAGCCAGUUCAGACUCAAGCACAGUUUGCCUCUCCACUCUUUAUGCAGCCUGUAUAUAGCCCUCAUCAGCAGUACUCAAUCUAUAGUAUUGUGCCUCAGCCCUGGUCUCCAAACCCUGCACCUUACUUUGAAACACCACUGGCCCCCUUUCCCAAUGGUGGAUUUGUGAAUGGCUUUAACUCACCAGGAUCUUAUAAAACAAAUGCUGCUGCUUUGAGUAUAGGUCGACCAUUCCAUAGAAAUCGCAUGAAGCCUCAUUUUAGGUCAUCUAGUACUUCAGAACACUCAGUGGAAGGAUCAACUGUAGUCGGGUCAGUAUCAUUGGGUGAUGGACCAUUGAACAGAACUAGCUCAAGGAACUUUCAGACUGAACGGCCUAACCACACACUAUCUGGGAACCAAGAACAAGUGUCUCCAAAGGAGUCUCCUACAUCACAGAUGGAGCAGAAUGGUGACUAUGGUGUUGGGAGAGGCAGGAGAAACCUUUUCAGAGGCCGGAGACGUAAAGAUGAUGACCGAAUUUCACGACCCCAUCCUAUAGCUGAAACAAAGACUCCUACACCAAAGUUUGACUUGUUAGCAUCAAAUUUUCCUCCUUUGCCUGGUAGCUCUUCAAGAACACAAGGGGAACCUGCGCUGGAGAGCAGAAUGUCAGAUGUUGUUAAAGGAAUCUCCAAAGAAAAGGAGAACAAAGAGUUGCCAACCAGUUGCCCCACCUCUGCUGAGGACAGACAGACUGACAGCAAUACCCAGCUGCCAAGCUUGAGUGCAAGUUCUUUGAACACAGCUGAGAUUCCUGUGUUAAGCACAACUCAGCAGGAGAAAAAUCUCGUAGAUGUUUGCCCUACCCAGAAGGAUGUUUCUGACCAGACAGCUCCACUUUUACCAUCAUGCUCCCCUAAUGCUGCAAAACCACCAAGGAUAAAUACCGCUUCACCUAGUAAUGUAAAUGUGGCCACAGCUGUAGUACAGGAGCCCCGGAAGUUAAGUUAUGCUGAAGUUUGCCAGAAGCCCCCCAAGGAGUCUCCUUCAGUCUCUGUGCAGCCACUAAGAGAGCUUCGUUCCAAUGUUGUAUCCCCUGCCAAAAAUGAAGAGAAUGGUGUUUCUGAGAAGUCACAUGAAAAGUCGCAUGAAAAGCCAGAAGGAAGGGCCAGUAAGGAUUAUCCUGGCUUCCGUGGCAAUACUACUCCCAGAGGUGCAGCUGGAAAAAUCAGGGAACAGAGACGUCAGUUUGGCCACAGGUCUUCACCUCAGGGAGUGACUCGUCGUAAUGGCAAAGAGCAGUAUGUGCCACCCAGAUCACCAAAGUAAAAAACAAAACAAACCAACAACAACAGAAAAAAAACAAAAAACAAAAAAAAAACAAACAACUGUUCAAAACUCCUAUCUCUUUCAGUUAAACUUGAACUGUGGAUUAAUGAGCUUUGUUGGAGGGGUGGGGAUAUAGCCAGGAAGGAGAGAGAGUAUGGCCUGAAGCAUUGUGGAUCUUUGGAGUUUAUGAAAAGUGGAAUCCGAGAAGUCAUCUCUAGAGUGAUUUUAAAAUGCUAGAGGAUUCCAGUCAGUAUAAAUAUAUAUAUAUAAAUAUUAUAAUUUUUGUAUUUUUGUUUGUCUUUAAUUUGCAAGGUUUCCUGCCUGAAAUUAAUUUUGGGGGUUAAAAAUUAGCUGGAAAAAUGCAUAUUUACAUGUCCUUCAGUAUAGGAGGUGAGGAAGUGAGAGAAAAAUAUUUUUUGACAAAGCAUUUCUGUAAAAUUAGAAAUUACUUUUUUUAAUCUAUUUAAAGUUAGGCUUGUAGAAUGCUGUCUUUGCCUAUAUGGCCUUGUGUUGCAAAUCAGAUCAUUGGCUGGUGUGCUUGGUUUGCGUGUGUUUGCGUGUAUGUGCCAGAAUGACAGAUUACAGCCAAUUCUGUUAUGUCAUAACUUUAGUAACUGAUUUAAAAACUGAAUGUACUACUUAAGUAGAAUUUUUUUCCAGCUUGAAAUUUAGUCUGUCUUUUGACCUUACUAAUAUUUCAUUCAAUAAGCUUUUAAAACUGAAUUUACUGGAGAUCUGAUUGUAGUCAGAAUAAGUUUGAAGCUCAAGGAAAUGGGAAGAAAAAAAAAAUAUAUAAAACUUGGUCUUAGAUUUGUGCUUUCAGGUCUAGUAGGCUGUAGGGGUUUAAAAAGCCCCAUUUUUUUUCCCCAGUAAGGGGAACAUAACAUCUUUUUGUUGCUUCAGUGUUAUUCUCUGUGCAUCUUCUCCCCAACUUAUGAUAGACCUGUAUGUGGUUCUCAUUGCAUUAGACAGGUCCAGUAAGAUCUUAACUAUAGGUGUGUUCUAAACAUGGCUUCUGAAAUGUGUUGUUCAUUGCUUUGCUUAUGUUAAGUAUUCAAACACUUGGGAUCCAGGCUGACCCUACAGUAAUUUGUGUUAGUGCUAAAAGAUAAAACUUUGUAACUAAUUCUUUAAGUGUUAAGUACUGUAGAAGUCAAAUUUUUAUAAUUUGGGGGUAACUUCUGUUUACAGUGCAUAUGAUGCCUGUCUUUUUUUUUUUUUUUUUUUUUUUUUCCCCAAAAAAAAAUUUUUUUUCUGGAAUUAACUCUGACAUACACCCAAAGGUCAUAAAAUUUUAAGUUUUUGAGGAAAAGGUAGUUUAAAAAAUAACCUGUGUAGGUUCUCAUUGUCUACAUUUGCACAUUGAACAGAUGAGUUUGUGCUAGUAAUUACAGGAAACGACUGAAAUAUAUAAAAAGAAAAAAAAAACCAUGUUGCAUUAAUCUGCUAAGUCAGACCCCGAGUUCAAAAGUUCUGUAUGAAAAUUUUUUUCUUUUUAGGAAUAAUUUUCAAAAGUAAGAGUUGUACCUUUUCAGUGAAUUGCAAAUGUACAAAUUGAAAUUGUAAAUUGUAAACACUGGAAAGCACCAUUGUGACAUAUACAGUAAACAUCUUAGUAAUAUAUAAUAGUGAUGAUCUUAGAAUGAAUGUAAGUGGAGGUUAAAUUACAUUACUGUGAAACUUUUCAUUUUUCAACUUUAGCCAGUUAACCUUUGGAAAUUCUUUAUUUAGUAGGUAACUGUUAACAAAUCACUUUAAAAACACUGCACAUCUUUUUUUCCCCUACAUAUAUAUGUGUGUGUAUAUGCCAGAGUUGUCAUUUCUUUGUAACUUAUUCAGCUUGCCAGUUGCUUUUGAUUUAACGGCUUGAUAAUUCUGUAUAAUAUAUUUAUGCAAUUUAAAACUGUUCAUUUCUACAUAAAAUUUUUUUAAAAAUCAUUCACUAAAACAUACAAUAAAACUACCUGUGCUGAGUUUAGGGGAAGUUUUAGGCUCUUUUUAAAAAGAAAAAAAAUUUAUGAUAAUCACUGAUCACAUCUAUGGUAAAAAUGCUUAAUCAGUUUACUUAGAUAAUGGUGCAUUUGGUGGAAAUGGCAAAGAAAUGGCAACAUUUAAAAGUGUUAACACUGUGAACUGCAUUGAGUUUCAGAGAAUAAACAUUUUAUAAAAUCAUUUGAUAUAGAUUAUAAACUUAAUUAUUGCACUCAAACUGAAAAAUAACUAUUACAAUAUAUUCACAGAUUUAGGCUUGCCAGUAUGCUGUGUAUGGAUUGUUAAGUAAAAACAUGUAUUAGUGCUUAUAAAGACACCUAAUUUAUAAAAUUUUCAUAUGUCUUAAUUUUAAUGACAAAUGGGAAAAAUGUGUUUUUCAGAACACAAGUUGGUGAGGCAAAUGUAUUGAGUCUUUGCUUUUAUUCAUUGGUUUUUGUCUUGUACAAUUCUAACCAGCAGAGGGAUUAGAUUUCAAUGAGUGCUUUUUAUUUGAUCAAAAGAGAGCACUUAAGCAUUUUGGACUAUCAUAAAAAUAUAGGCCUUUAUGGGUUUGGGGGUUUUGUUUUUUGUUUAUUGCAGCUUCUUAGAAAAGUACCUUAUUUAUAGUGAGGUACUAAGAAACUCGGUAUGGACCUUUAUUUCAAAGCAGCAAAUUAAAGUUUCUCUCCAGGUGAAGCCUGCUAAAUGUGUGAAGCUGUUGGGUUUUUUUCAGCAUUAUUCUAUAGCUGAUAAAUUAAGGGAAUUCACCAUAUAUUUUUGGAUGUAAGAACACAAAUAUUAAAGUCAUUCCCCUUCUUUCCUCACUCCUAGCAAAAUUUAUUUGGGGGCAGGGGCAUAAAAAUAAAUAUAACUGCUAUGAAAAUCAUAAAUCUUCAUGACCAUGAAUUUACUCCUGCAGUACUUAUUGCAUGAAGUGGCACAUAGCACUAUAUUUGACUGAAGUUAAGCUUAGCUGUCUUCAUGUUCUCCAAAUGCUCAAGCAAGUUACUCACCUUGCAUUUUGCUUCCUUUCCUUUAAAAAGGAAUGGAGACCGUACAAAACUUCUGCAAUUUUUUUAGGCUUGCCCAAUUUCCUUAAAACACCUGCAGUUUUUCCUUUAGCCCAAAAAAAAAAAAAGUUUUUAGCAAAUUUCAACACUGAUUUUCAAAAAUGGUUGCCCAGGGAUCUAAUGUCUAAAUUAUUUCCCCAUUCAGUCUUUGAAGGAAGAUUGUUCAGGGUUUUUUGUGUUUCUUUGUGUUGUGCUAAAUUUGCAUGUGAACAAAUGUUAGCGGAUGUAAAUUUCUGAUUAUUCUGAUUCCUAAAAUUAAGGUAGCUUGAGUGUAUUGUCUUACAUUCCUUUUUUUUUUGUUUUGUUUUGUUAAAGAAAUAUUCAACCAAGUUUGCUUGGUGAAAGGUUUAAAAGGUGCAGUUUUAGCAAUAGAUGUUAGAAGCAUAAAGCAACCCAUUAUAACCAUUGGAAAAGAGGAAUAGGAAAGAUUUUGCUGGAACAGAAUAGUAUUGUAAAGUAACUUUUAAUACAUUACUGUAGUAUUCUCAGUUACAGCCUUACAGCUUUGUCAACUUCAUUGUCCAGUGGUUUUACUAUCUGACAUACAUGAGUCAACCUGGGUUUAAAUCUGUAGUGUUUGUGCUGGCAUGUUACACAAAUGGGUAAAAUGCACCAUUUUAUUACAGACAAGAUGCAACAGAAAUACCCAUAGGGGAGAAAUUGCCUCUAAUAGGUUUUUAUAAAUUCAUAACUACGACAGAUAUGCAAUAGAUCUUUUGGGGAUUUUUUAUAUGUAUUUCCUUGUAACCUGGUUGCCAUUAAUCUAAAUACCUUAUGCUUUAUUGUUAUAUGUUAUAUGUAGUCUGGGCUUCCUUUAAGAAGGUACAUAGUAGUUUCCGUUUUGAUUAACUCUGAAUUUGGACACUUUAGGAAUUCCAUGAAUAAAAUGUUUGUCUUUAAUGUGUAGUUGGGAGUAAAUCCACUCUGAAAAUUCAUCUGAUCUUUAACCUAUAACAGAGUUAGAAUUGUAUAUUGAAGAACUGAAGAUUUUUAAAUUGCUCUUCAAUUACAGGUAAUUUCCAAAAGUGCAACUCAUUCAUUAAAAUGGUUUUGUUUUCAGUUUUGUUAAACUCAAAAUAGAUGAAUACAUAUAUGUAUGUGUGUAUAUACCUAUAUAUGCACAUGUAUAUGUUAACAUAUAUAGAUACAUAUGUAUUUCCAUAUGUGUGUGUGUGCACAUCAACUUUCUCUUCAGAUGAUUCAGACUUCCCUUGGCAUUCACAUCUUUUAACAAUAUGGUGAAAAGGGAGUUUGGGGGGAAAAAAACAGAACCAACUAUUUGGCUUCUACUUUGUCCAUUGCUCUGGUUUAUUCCUGUUGUCAAGACUGUCCAAAACAAUAUGGUAUGACAUAGCUCAUGCUUUAAAUGUUAAACUGAUUACAUCCAUGUAUUUGUAUUUUUGUUUCAGACAUUGCCAAGGUGCUAUGGGAAAUUAAAUUUAACACAAAAUUAGAAAAAAAUAAAGCUGAUUUAAAAACAG